UUCUCGCCACGCGUUAGUCGUUUUUUAGCACAUUCAGAGCGGGCGCCGGCGUCAUUGAAUUGCUCGAAAUUUCUGCGAGUUCACGAAAUUUGAUCAAUUGCUAUUCAAAACCUGCAUAAAAUGUCCCUAGAACAGCUCAAGAGCGAUGUGGCCGAGUUCGCGGCUUUUCUGGCGCAGGCCAAAGGAGCCCGCGUAAAAGGCGUGCUGACCACCGCCAAAGCGGAGGCGGAGCGGGAGAUCGUCAACCUGGAGAUGAAGGCCAAAAUUGCGGAGGAGCGAAAGGCUGCCGGUUCCGGAGAUGCCAAAAGAUAUCUGCACGAGCUGACCGACUACGGCUGGGAUCAGAGCGCCAAGUUUGUGAAACUCUUCAUCACCCUAAAGGACGUGCAGGGCUGCACGGAGGAGGAUGUGACCGUCACCUACACGCCGAACUCGCUGCAGCUGCAUGUGCGCGACCUGGCGGGCAAGGACUUUGGGCUGACCGUGAACAACCUGCUGCAUGGCAUUGAUGUGGAGAAGAGCUACCGUAAGAUCAAGACCAACACGGUGGCCAUCUACCUGAAGAAGGUCAAGGAGGACGAGCACUGGGAUGUGCUGACCGCCAUCCAGAAGCGGCUGAAACAGAAACAAGACUCAGAACUGAGUAAGGACAGCGAUAAUCCCGAAUCAGCGCUGGUCAACAUCAUGAAGAAGAUGUACAACGAGGGGGACUCCAAGACGAAGCAGAUGAUCGCCAAGGCCUGGACCGAGAGUCAGGAUAAGGCCAAGUUUGGCAAGGAGACGGGCGGCGGGCUGGACACUCUCGGCGAUCUUUAGAUGCUCUAUCCACCAGCCAACAGACUAUAUGUAUUGCUAAAUACCUAAGCACUGCUUUGAUUCCAGCACACUUUGUAUAUGUGAAUAAAUAAAUAAGUUAAAAC